GCUAGCCAUAAAGAUGCCACAGUUGCCCUAUAUACCAGAUACGUUCCAACUGCGUGUAGAGGCCAACAUCAUUGACAAGCAGACGACAUGGUCUGCGGAAGAAUAUUAUGACGAUAACAAUAACCGCGCGGCAUUAAGACUUCUAAGAAAUAACUCUAUGGACUACAUGAUAUUCGACUACACUAACAAUCAGAUCAUAUACGAUGUCAACGGCAACUGUUCUGUUACUACUUUGAAUAGAGAUCCGUAUGGUAAUCAGGAUAUCUUCGGUAUGAAAGCUUCUGGAGGAGGCGGUGGGAUACCCCAUAUAUAUACCACUAGUUCAGCGCUUCAUUUUGCUAAGUCAAAUGGUUUGAUGUAUAAGGGGACAAAAAUUGUUCGAGGAAUCAAUUGCGACUGGUGGCAGUCAUGUAUGUAUUGGCCUAACUUAGCGGCUAAUUUUACCCUGGACUACUACUUUUCUGCAUAUAACUGGACGGCGCCUGAUUUAUCCAAUCAAGUUCCCGUCUUAGCAGAAAUACAGGGCGUUACCUUAGGUGCUAUACCUUUCCACCAUACGUACGAGUAUUUUGACUACAGAAGCCAUAUCUGGGACAGUGAUUCCGUUUUCGAUACUCCACAAGGUAAAGUGUGUUCAGGCAGGAAGCAGACGAGAAAAGUGCCUGUUUUAUCGGGACAAUAUUCCUACCGAGAAGAAAUUGUGGACACAAUGAAUCUUGCUGUAUCGCAGGCGGAUGUUUACUACGAUUAUACAUAUAAUCUUGUAAGAUUUGACUACAGACCGCCUUAUUCAAGGUACCCGUACUAUGCGACCAACCCUGUUAGCGAAAUUCACGACUACUCUACAGGUAUUGCGUACGCCAUUGACACCUUCCUUGGAAACUGCACCAUGAUUCCCAUCCAGAACACAACUUUCGAUGCAUCCGUAAAAAUCUCUGUCAACGCUAACCAGAGUCAACAGUUCUACGUCCAUAUGAAAUCUCCUUCACAGCUUUUCUACCUGGAUAAUACUACGUAUACCUACGAGGGAACGCGGGUGGUUAGAGGCAUUCUUUGUGACGUUUUCAUCUCCAACAGAACUGAUUUCCACCUUCCAAAUUACAACAAUUUCGCAUCUACAUUUGAAUUCUACUUCAUGAACUCUCAAUGGACAGCAAGUACCUCUCUUGGUGCCAAGUCAAAAACAAACAGCAAUAUUCCAGUUCAACUCAGAAUAUCAACUCCGGAUUGGGUUGGGUAUCAAGCAACGUACAAUGUUUACAAUUUUGAUUCCGAAGACCCGUCUUAUAAUAGGUUUCAAGUUUCCGGAUGUUAUGACGACUUUUCAAAGAAAGCGUUCAUAAUGGAGUUUCCAGGGACAUGGGACAACAGCCUGUUGCAGUACCAGAAUCAGUUUAUCAGACAGAUAACUAACAGAAUAACAAGUGUUUCGCAUGUGUCACAUAUACGUGUCCAGAAUCCACAAUUUCGCGUGGAAUCGAACGAGUUCUAUUUUGUGGCAACGCUCCUAGAACUGCCGCCACCAAUUGCAUAUUUCAGGCAAAUACCAGGACGUUUCCGUCAGUUCACAAAUGACAAAUCUAUCACUGUAUCAAGUGCUGCCGACUGCGCACGCGCGUGUAAUGAUCCGGGAACUCUGGGACAGUGUAACAGUUUUGACUACUGUGCGUACCAGAAUCUUUGUGGACUGAGUAAAUCGCAUACAGAAGACGGAUCUGUUGUUGUCAAUUCUAACGGACAGUGUGAUCAUUACGUUCGAACAUCUCAAUCAGCCAAUGUAGAGCUUUCUCUGGCUGAUGCCUGGAAAAACCUGAAGAAUGAUGUCCUGAUAGGAAAUUUCCAGUUUAGUGUCACAAUAAAUGGACAGCCAAGCAAAUUUAAAGCAGGGUCAAUCGACGACAAUGUAAUUCAGAAUGCUCAGCGCACCAUGACAACACAGUCCCUGAUGGCUCAGUUUAAUACACAGAUAAACAAAGGACUCAAUGGCUAUGACGAUGCGGAUCUAACUGGCAUUGCUAUCGACGACUGCGCAUCAGCUUGUCUAACUCAGCAGUCCUGGGUUUGCAAUUCGUUCUCGUAUUGUUUCGAUACCGGAUAUUGUUCACUCUCAAAGCUUCACCCGGACGAACGCCCAACUGCUGUGGUAAAUCAUCAGCUCUGCGAUUUGUACACGAAGAAAUACACAGCGGAUUACCAGAUGUUCAAAGGAACAACUGUUCUCUCAGGAUCCGAUACUAUAUACCAGAACAUUUAUUCUGCCGAUGAGUGCGGAAAGCUUUGUACAAACUACAACGGUUUCAACUGCAAGUCGUUCGACUAUUGUGACGAUAUCUCUACUUGCUAUCUCGGACGUACUCACUACUUUGAUGUACCACAAGCUGACAAACUUGACUCACCAAUGUGUAACCAUUACUCAAGAAAGUACCUAGCAGAUUUCAAGAUAACAACUCGCCAGCAUCUUACAAAUAAGGGCGAUCGUAUUAUAAGUGGAGUACCUGUAGACCAGUGUGCAAAACUGUGUGUUGAAGAAGAGAAUAAUAAUUGUGCCAGCUUUGGUUACUGUGGUAACACAACAGAAUGUCGACUUAGCACGGCUUCUAUGCGAAAUAUAGGACAAGUGAGCUCCGAACCAAAUCUCUGGUGUGAUGUGUACAAUAGGCAAACAUUUCCUGACGGAACCCCAUUUAUCAAUAACCCAUCGAAAUAUUAUAGUCUCCCAUCUUCAAGCGGAAAAUAUACCGGAGGCGCAAUGGCUGGCUUAGCAUUUGGCAUGUUGAUAGUUGGAAUUCUGCUGGCUGCCGGUGUAUACUUUGGAAUAGCUAAAUUCAGAGGAAAACCACUAGAUGGAAUGGCAGUUUCUUUUGUGAAACAAGAGGGAGAUUAAUCAGUGUAUUAUAUAGGGACACGUUUUAGACUUUAUUUGUGAGUGUGCCGGUGCUUUGUACGUGAACAGAAACUGACAUUUUUCUUUCAGAUAUGUAAUGUUUACUUCGAAGCACUGUACGAUUGCUUUGAUAUGUUUAGACAUAUUUCUAUUUAAUCUGUAAAUUCUAAUAUAUCUCUUGAGUGUAUGAUAUGCGAUUCACAUUUCAUUUUCACCAAAUCGAAGGAUCUGCCUCGAAACAAAAAACAACAACAAAAAACAACAUGAUUCAACUCGCCGGAAUGCUUGUAAAUAAAUAUAAAGUGCUUAGAAAGAUUGUGACUGAAUGCACGAAAGACUUUGCUUUGAAAAAGAAUUUGUACGGAUAGUUUAGACUUUGUGAAUGCAAUUAUUUUCAUUUUAUGCUUAAACUUGUGUAGAACACGAGAUUAAGUUUAUUUGAAAUAGGUUAUGUGCAAUAAACUGUAAUGUCUUUGGUA